AUUCGCAUCCGCGCAGAUCUCCACACUCUCCAUCUUUGAGCCCGGACAGACGAACACGUAAAAGGCGGAUUCUGAAGACUACUUUUGGGGCGCCAGCAUGGUUCUGGGGGAAAUGGAUGCUUGAGCCGUGUAGUGUCGGCAUCUCCAUCGUCAACAGCGUCAUGGUUGGCAUUGACCAUUCGAAGGUUCGAAAUCCACCUAUAUAAGGAGGCUCUGGAGGUCCUCAAAGCUCCAUCAACACUCAUCCACAUUCACACAUUCGUUCUUGAGCUAAAGCCGCCAAUAUGAAGCUCGCAACCGCACUCUGCAUUAUUAGCUUUGCUAAUGCCGUACCAAGCCAGAUGACUCCAAAGAUGUCGGCUCUCCCGACACAGAGUCAUAUGGCGGGUGGAAGCCUCAUGGCAAUGGUUACCCUCAGGGCCUGCCAGAGCAGUCAGGGCAGCCCUCAGGAGGUGCUGGAAAGCCUUCAGGUGGAGCACCAGCUUCAAUUCCAGCUGGUGGCAACAGCACUCCUGCUGCACCUGAGUCAACGCGAGCUGGAGGUAGACCUUCUGGAGGUAAACCCUCGGGCGGAUACCUUACUUCGACACCCGCUGGCGGUAGCUCUACUCCCGCUGCUUCAGCGUCAACUCCCGCUGGAGGUCGACCCUCAGGUGGUUACUCAGCUUCGACCUCAGCUACUAGCAAGCCCACGCCUAUUACCAGCAAGUCGACACCUACUGGCGGUAACUCUACUCCUGCUGCUAGCAGGUCAUCACCUGCUGGUGGUAAUUCCACCCCUGCUGUCAGCAAGUCAACCCCGGCUGCUAGCAAGUCUACUCCCGCUGCGUCUGCUUCUACCCAGCUGGGAGACCAUCAGGCUCUUCUUCGAGCCCAGUUGCCAGCAGGUCAAAUCCUACCGCUUCUAGGUCUUCUGCUGUAGCUUCGCAGUCUUCAGGAUACCCAGUUCUUCCGGUUCCAACACCUGGCCAGUCCUCGGCUGCCAUCUCCUUUGUGAUCUCGGUUCGCCCCGCUCCUUCCGCGAGCCAGUCCGGUGCUGUUCUAUCUGCUUCUGGUGGACAGCCAUCCGUUUCUGCCUCUGGUGGUCAACCUAAGCCCUCCGCCGCCGAGCCAGGUGCUGGCGGCAAGCCCAAGCCUACU